GCCGCUUGACACGUGCGACAUCCAAACACCCCACCAUUCCCUAGAAACCAUGAUGGGUGCUACGUGGAGGUUAGUACUUCUUGCCCUGGCGUUCGUAUUGUCAGCGUGCACAGCCUUCCAUGUCUCGCCUACCAGCUUCGGCAGGCAACCUGUGGGGCGAGCUGCCUCUCUCCGACCGUCGGCGACUCAGAGCCAGCACGUGGCACCCUUCACAAGAGCCUACCGCCACACAGGAGCGAGCCGAACGUCGACCCGAGGGCCGUCCAUGGCGGCAGGAGAACCUUUGAGCAGCAAGAGCGCCCAGCGUGUCGCUGCCGUGGCGGCGGUAGCGUCAGCGGCAACCCUCACGGGCUCCGCGGUGCCCGCACACGCCGACAACUUCGCCGAAUACUUCGCUAACGGCAUCGUGGGCACGAUCAAUGGUCCCGGCAUUCUGGCGAUCCCAAUCGUUCUUGGGAUCGGGCUGGCCUCGGCCAUCGCAUUCUUCAUUUACUUCUUCUCCCAGCCGCGCGAGUACGACGACUGAGAGGAAGGGGAACGACUGCUGUGGUUUGCGUGGCCAUGGGGCGCCGGGUGGUGGACUGUAGCGGAGAGGGAAGAAGGAGAGCUAGUGUGCAGAAAGAGGGUGAAGCCACGGCUGGACACUUCUCUGGUGGUAUAAUCGUUUUGAUGGGGGAGCAUCUUGGGAUUGUUUUCACACCGUUCACUAGCGUCGAAAAGAAGCGUUGGUGGUUUGGAGGCGUACGCUGUCCCAACUUCGCGCGAAGUUAGGAGAAGGUCUUUGAUGGGGACAAAGGAUGACAUUCUUUGGCACCAAAUACUUUUUGCUUUCGUGGUCCGGCUCUUUGCUUUCGGGAAUGUUUAUUGUUUUGACUAGUGACGUCAGCAACUUGGUCCACGGUUUGCUUUGUAAUCACGCGUGUGUUGCGGCAUUUGUCUACUCUACCAAGUGCCGCCGUGUGGUCCCUGAGAACGCGCGACUCCGAUUCUAAAGGCUUCCAUGUCCCUGGCUUUUUUUCUCUUUCGAUACAGACCUUCGUCCUGUCUGACCCGGCUGGUGCGUCCGGACUUGUGCCGCAAGUUGUAACGCCCACGGAAUAAAUGGGAUGACUAAAAACAACAACGUUAUAGGAAUUAUGGCGAUUGUGGCGUUUUCUCGCGCUCAAAGAGCUUUCCCAGGCGUGUCGUUUGCGUCGAGGACGGAGGCGGUGAAGGACGUCAUGCGCCCUCUUUCGCACUUUGCGUGCCCAUCCUAGAUGCCCAACGGUCUUGGUACAUAGUGUGAACUAGAUAAGCUCAUCAUGCGUU